AUGGUAGCCACGGUGACCAAGAAACUGCAGGAGCCCCGACGGGACGUCGACGGCGAGCUGAGCAAUGUACCAGCCGUCGGACUCGAACCCGGAUCGUUGAACGCGGGGCCGACCCGCGAAUCGGUUCCCACGGUUGUCAUGCCGCCGGCGGCGGCAGAGUACUCGUCGAUGAGAAAGCUGGGGAAGCUCUUCAAGCUCACCGAAGUGCACCUAUGGGAUGAUUUUUAUGUGAAGACCGGGGAUUGCGAUGCUACAGAGACUACUGGUUGCACGGGAUCUCAAACAACUGAAAACCGCAAUAAAGUAGCCAAAACAACAGAUGCAGAUCAUUCAUUUGUUGAAGAUAUGGAAUUGGCUAGUCGCAUGGCAGAUCAGACUGGUGAUGACACGCAUCUGGAUGAGCAGAGACAUGAACUUAUUUACAAUGAAACUCUCAGUCUAUCAGAUAUUCCUGACAAAGAGUUGACAUAUAUAAGUGUGAUAGCUACCAUUGAUGAAGCACAACAUGACAAAAAUAUGCAGAAUGAUAGUCCAAUGACUGAAGUGUUAGAAAUGAACCAAGAAGUUCAUUCAUGUCCGGACAUGGCAAACAUGUCCACUGACAUUGCCAGGUAUUGGAAUCAGCGGUACUCGCUUUUCUCCCUUUUUGAUAGUGGUAUAAAGACGGAUGAAGAGGGGUGGUUUUCAGUGACGCCAGAGCUCAUCGCAAAGCAUCAUGCAUCUCGUGUUGGUGCAGGCAUAUUGAUUGACUGUUUCGCAGGAAUUGGUGGUAAUACCAUCCAGUUUGCUACAAAGUGUAAGCAUGUUGUUGCUGUUGACGUUGACCCACAGAAGAUUGGUUAUGCACAACAUAAUGCAACUAUUUACGGAGUAAAUGAUCACAUAGACUUCAUCGUAGGAGAUUUUAUUAAUAUAGCACCUCAUCUGAAGGGAGAAACUGUUUUCAUGUCACCCCCUUGGGGUGGACCAGACUAUGCAGAAGUCGAUGUUUACGAUAUCAAAACCAUGCUUAAGCCAUGUGAUGGGUAUCAUCUCUUCAAACUUGCCAUGGCUAUCGCUUCGAGAGUAGUCAUGUUUCUUCCUCGCAACUGCGACCUAGACCAACUGGCAGACAUGUGUUUGUCGGUGGAUCCUCCAUGGGCGGUUGAGGUGGAGAAGAAUUUCCUCAAUGGGAAGCUGAAAACCAUAACAGCGUACUUUGAAGAACACGUGAGCGUAGACGUGGAAGUGGAACACCAAUGAUCCCCACCCAAAAACCGUGUUCCUUCCUGAACAGCGUUGAUGAUACUUAAUGUAUGUGAAAUCCAAGUACUCUGCUGGAUGAGAGAUUCCGUGUCGGUGUUUGGUGUACUUGGGCAGCAGCGCGUACAGCUGGGGUUAAUGUAUAACUAGCCGAUUCGCCGAGAAACUUCGUAUGGUUUAGUUGCUUGUGUAUGGUAUA